AUGCAGUUCACAGAGGAGCAAGCUGCGGAGGUGAAGAAGUGGGUCGUGCAGCGAUUAGAAGAUAUUUCUGAUGCUGAUUCUGACGUGCUGGCCGACUAUGUUCUUGCCCUGAUCCGAUCCGAUGCGCCUGACGAGGAGAUCCGCAAGGCCUCGAUCGAGAACCUGGAGGACUUUUUGAAAGAAAAUACCGUCCCGUUCGUCGACGAGCUCUUUGCCAGGUACGCUCCUAAGGCUGAACCGCCGCCGGCCCCUGCUGCAGCAGCUCCGCAGCAACAGCAGCAGCAGCAACAACAACAACAACAGCAACAGCCUCCCCCAGCUCAGUUCCAGCCUUUGGUCUCGCCGGCUGUGCAGGCUGCUGCUGCGGCCGCGGCGGCGCAACAACCUCUUGCCUUCAACGCAGCGCUGGCAACGUCGCAAGUCCCCAGUUAUGUGCCACCUACCACCCAACAGGGCGCAUUCGACAACGCGAAUUCCCGCAAGCGCACAUACCAGGAGGGCUUCCAAGGGGAGAAUGAUCAGGGGGACGCGCGGAACCGGUCGUUCAAGACUCCGCGCACGCGGCGUGGUGGCGGCCGAGGCAACGGCGGGCCUUCGCCGGGUCUUCCCAACGCGCAGUUCCCCCAGCCCAUGCCCGGCUUUCCUGGCAUGCCAGAGGGCUUUCCGGGCUUUGACCAAAACAACCCCAUGGCAGCCAUGCUAGCGCUGCAGAGCAUGGGGUUUCCGCAGAUGCCAGGCCUGCCGCUGCCGAUUCCUGGGGCUGCCGGCCAGCCGCAAGCGGGCGACCAGUCUGCCAAGUCUGACCAGCCCUGUCCGUUCUAUGAGACGAAUGGGAUCUGCUAUAUGGGGGCUGCGUGUCCGUACAAGCAUGGACAGGAUCCGGUUGUUGUUCCGCCGAAAGAUGACGAAUACGAUCCCACGAAUGCGAAGAUACUUGAUAUCCAGACAUCCCGAGGUUCUGACAGAAAUCGGGGACAAGGGCGAGGCCGCGGCGACCGGGGCGGGUUUGCUGCGAGAGGACGCGGCCGAGCCGAGUUCUCGCACGUCGGCCCCAACGAGGACAAGUCGAUUACGACGAUUGUUGUGGAGAAUAUCCCGGACGAUAAGCUCGACGAGCAGGUCGUGCGGGAUUACUUCUCGGAAUUUGGAACCGUCCUCGAAGUGUCGCUGCAGGCCAACCGGCACCUGGCGCUCGUCAAGUUCGACGACCAUGCGGCUGCCAAGCGGGCGUGGUCCAGUCCCAAAGCCGUCUUCGACAACCGGUUCGUCAAGGUCUACUGGUACAAACCGCCGACCAAACCGGAGACCAACGGCGCCCAGCGGCCGGCUUCGGCGACGAAGGGAGAGCCGUUUGACCGGGAAGAGUUUGAAAGGCACCAGUCGGAGGCGCAACGAUUGUAUGAGGAGAAGAUGCGGAAGCGCAAGGAGAUGGAGGAAGCCCGGCAGGCCUUGGAGAAGCAGCGCGAAGAGCUCUUGAAAAAGCAGCAAGAGGAGAAAGCCAAGCUCAUGGAGAAGCUGGGGAAGAAGGGCGCCAGCAUCGAGGCUGAGACGAAUGGCCAGCACGAGGAGAAGACGACGACGACGCCGCCGUCCGGGGAAGAGCAUGUGAGCGAGAAGACGAAGGCGCUGCGUGCGCAGCUGGCGGCUCUGGAGGCAGAGGCCAAGAGCCUGGGCAUCGACCCCAACGCGGCCACGGAGUCGCCACCGCCGUCUCGGGGCCGUGGCAGAGGAUAUCCCAGCUACCGCGGGAGAGGCUGGUAUGCUCCUCGAGGACGGGGGUACGAUCCUUCGUACCGGGGAGGAUAUCGCGGACGGGGGGCGUUCCGCGGACGCGGCGGUGUCUUGCGGCUGGAUAACCGGCCAAAACGGGUUGCUGUGUCAGGGGUGGAGUUUGAUGCGGAGAAAGACGAAGCGUUGAAGCAGUAUUUGAUUGGCAUUGGCGAAUACGAAUCGAUCGAGCCAAACCCGGAGCGGUCCGACUCGCUGAUAGUCGCCUUCAAAGACCGGUACGUGGCGGAGAAGCUGGCCUACGGGCCGUCGGUGAUCCCGGGGGUGGGCAAGGUGGUGUUCUCGUGGGUUGCGAAUCCCCCAGCACCGCCGGCAGCCCCCAAGGAUUCCUCGGAAGAGCGCAAGGAGGACGAGGAUUCGGCGAUGGAGCAUGAGCAUGAACAUGUCGACGAGCCGGAGCGGCAGCCGUCGGACCCGAACAGGGGCAAGGAUGCGCAGGCCCAGGCGCAGACGCAUCACGAAGUCGACUAUGAUGUGGCAGAGGUGGAUGAUGCGUGGGAUGUUCAAUGA